GGAGUGAGAGAGGCAGACCGGACAAGUGAGCCUCUUUCCCUGGCCCCAUCGGAGCACCAGUGCCUUCGCCUCUCUAGGAACGGGCAACAGGGGACCGGAACGCUUUGGGGAACCCGAAGCCCCCACCAUGGCAGGGAUGGUCUGGAGCCUCCGACUGUUUGUUCUCUUCCAGGUGCUCAGCCUCUCCCUGGCCCAGAUUAGAGGCCCUCCAGGAGAACCGGGGCCCCCUGGCCCCCCAGGCCCGCCAGGAGUGCCAGGCUCAGAUGGCCUUGACGUGAGUAGGCAGACCCCUGGAAAACCUGGACUUCCGGGACAAAAAGGUGACCCGGGGAAACCGGGCCCAAAUGGGCCAGAUGGAAAGCCAGGGAUUGACGGUUUAACGGGAGCUAAGGGAGAACCAGGCCCUCAGGGGCCCCCUGGAGUCAAGGGUCAGCCAGGCCUCCCUGGUCCCCCAGGUCUACCAGGCCCAGGCUUUGCAGGACCUCAGGGACCUCCAGGACCAGUUGGACUUCCGGGAGAGAUCGGGGUCCCUGGCCCCAAGGGGGACCCCGGACCUGCGGGACCAUCAGGACCUCCUGGGCCCCCAGGAAAACCCGGCCGUCCCGGGACCAUCCCGGGCCUUGAAGGCAGUGCUGACUUCCUGUGUCCAACCAACUGCCCAGCUGGUGUGAAGGGGCCACAGGGUCUGCAGGGGGUGAAGGGACAUCCAGGCCGUCGGGGACCUCUGGGGGAGCCAGGCAGACAAGGGAAACCAGGUCCCAAAGGAGAUGUGGGUGCUUCUGGUGAACAGGGAAUUCCUGGUCCCCCGGGCCCCCAGGGCAUCAGGGGCUACCCAGGCGUGGCUGGAUCCAAAGGAGAGAUGGGUCCCCAAGGCUACAAGGGCAUGCUUGGGUCUGUCGGUGCUGCUGGGAAGCCUGGUGAGGAGGGCCCCCGGGGGCCACCAGGCAGAGCUGGGGAGAAGGGAGAUGUGGGCAGUCAAGGUGUUCGAGGCCCCCAGGGAAGUGGAGGACCCAAGGGAGAGAACGGCCUCCCCGGUAUUGAUGGCAAGGAUGGGACUCCUGGAGUUCCUGGGGUGAAGGGGAGCGCUGGACAGCCCGGGCGGCCCGGAAACCCAGGUCACCAAGGACUGGCAGGUUUGCCAGGCCAGCCAGGGACCAAAGGGGAACCAGGAGACAAGGGUGAGCCUGGCCAGAGGGGCUUCCCAGGAUUGUCUGGCCCCCCCGGGAAGCCGGGUGAACCUGGGCCUCAAGGAGAAAUUGGCCCUCAGGGCAUCCCAGGGCUGAAGGGUGACCAAGGCGAGAGAGGGCCCGUGGGGCAGCCAGGCCUACAAGGGAGAGUUGGUGCCAAGGGGGAACAGGGGCCUCCAGGGAUCCCGGGGCCCCAAGGUCUGCCAGGCGUCAAAGGAAACAAGGGCUUCCCAGGGAAGAUCGGUUCCAGAGGCAGUGGUGGUGAUCCAGGUGUGGAAGGUCUCCCUGGGGAGAAAGGAGAGAAGGGAGAGUCCGGAGAACCAGGCCCCAAGGGGCAGCAAGGCAUCCGUGGGGAGACAGGCUUUCCAGGUCCCACAGGGGAUGCUGGAGCCCCUGGAGUGCAGGGUUACCCAGGACCCCCCGGGCCUCGGGGGAUCACUGGAGAAAGGGGCAUCCCGGGGCUGCCUGGAAGACAGGGAGCAUCUCAUUCCCACUUAUUUGUUCUUGGCUUCCAGGGCCGGGAUGCCAGUGACCAACACAUCGUAGAUGUGGUACUGAAGAUGCUGCAAGAACAACUGGCCGAGGUGGCAGUGAGUGCCAAGCGAGAGGCCCUGGGUGGCAUAGGAGGAAUGGGUCCCCCAGGCCCCCCAGGCCCUCCUGGGUACCCGGGCAAGCAAGGUCCACACGGACACCCAGGCCCCCGAGGCAUCCCUGGUAUCAUUGGAGCUGUGGGACAGAUCGGCAACACAGGACCUAAGGGGAAACGCGGAGAGAAGGGAGAACGAGGGGACGAGGGUCGUGGGCACCCUGGGCAGCCAGGGCCUCCAGGAAUCCCGGGACUUCCUGGCCGGCCAGGCCAGGCCAUCAAUGGCAAAGACGGAGACCGUGGAUCACCAGGUGCCCCAGGAGAGGCAGGCCGACCAGGCCUGCCUGGUCCCGUGGGGCUCCCAGGUUACUGUGACCCUGCAGCUUGCCUUGGGGCCUCAGCCUAUGCUUCCGCCCGCCUCACAGAACCCGGAACCAUCAAGGGGCCCUGAGCCAGGACACAGCGACAGGGGGUGGGCCCUGCCUCCCUUACCCAGUGGUCACCCCACCCCCUUUGAUGGAUAUCCAGUUCCCUGGCCCAGAGGACACUGAUUCAAGCUGAGGACCCAGGGGUUCAGCAGGCUGGUAGUCUACAUCAAGCAUCUUGGGAAAUUCCAAAUGAAGGAGCCAUGAAGGGGAAGAAGAAUCAGGUAGACCCCAGAGAGGUCCGAAGGCCUCUUUCUUACCUUGGAUCUCAGACUUUUCCCCCUGUGCUCCCACAUCCAGAUAAACCUCUCCUUCACCCUCUCUUCUUCUCCUCUCCACUCUCCAUCCUCCGGACACAUCAGAUGGAGAGAGGGAGGUUCCUAGCCUCAGUCUCUUUUACAGGAUAGACUGGUCACCCUGCUCUUCCUCACUGACAUUCUGGGGUAGAAGUGUCCACUCAGGCCAGCAGUUCAGGCUUCUCCCCCUCAGCUCUGUGUGAAUAUUUAAAUGUACCUCCUCCUUCCCCAUCCAGAGCUGGGAAUACCCGGGCCGGAGCUGUCCAGAACCAGGGAUCCCCUUCCCAGAUGGGCAUGAGACAGCAGAGGGCUGGAGCUCUUGGGCCAAGGGCAGCGGAGACAUAGUCUGUAACUGAGGGGUGGGGAGGAGGGUGGUGCCACGGCUGGGAAGAGAGUCCUCAAGCCACUGGAAAACCGAAGGGAGUGCAGUCAUCUUCAGACACAUACCUGUGCAUAUCUGUCAUACCAUAGAAUAAACUCCCCAACCUGCCCACCAAG